UUAUUGGAUUACGCAAUGCGUUGUGAUCAUUAUACAUUUCGUUCUUACACGUAAGAAGUAAGGCGUUUAAAGACGUCAUGUUGAAACCCCUAAUUUGCCUUUUACCUUACAUUAUCGCUGUUUUUCGUGGACAAGUUGACGCUGCGAUUUAUACUUACGAGGACGUGGAGCUCAGACGGAUAUUUCCAAAUGAUUUCCCCCAGGACACUGUCAGAAAGAGUGGGAAUUUGAAACCAGAACACUUGGGCCGAUAUAUGGAACUUAGCAAUUAUUUCAGAUAUCCCAAGAAGGCAUCAAACAGUCACUUUGAAGAAUUGUCAUGUUACAGAGAGAAUAACAGAAAGGUUUGCAGGAUAGACGUGGAUAGGUAUUCCCCUGAAGAGAACGAAUACUAUUUGACACAAAAUUCUGCGAGUCACAUAGACAGACGUCGGGUAUAUUGCUUCAUGCUGCUAUGUUUUACCGAAGCUGAAUUAGACCGAGUGGUAGCAUCAUUCUGAUUGUAUUGAUGAAUAUUUGAUAAAUGUUUAAAUAUAAUUAGUUUCCGUA